AUGGCGCUGGACCUUCAGCCGCCCGACGGUCGCAAACGGGUCAAGGUCUACGAGCUGCGGCAAAACGACUGGUUCGAUCGUGGCACCGGCUUCUGCACCGGUCACAUCUCCGGAGUAUGUGAUAACCUCGCGCUCUCCCUGCCUUGCAUCACCUUUUCCGUCGCGCGCAGUUCGUUCGUCGAUGCGCCCACCAGUCGCUCGCGCGACUUGUUGAUUGCGUGGCGCGCAGAAAGUUCGAACCGUCGGCAACCCGAAGACGAAAUUCCCCGAAUCUACGUGGAAUCUGAGGACGAACCGAUCCGUGUCUUGCUGGAGUCCAAGAUUACCAAAGAGGAUGGCUAUCAAAAGCAGCAAGAGACGUUGAUCGUCUGGACCGAAUCGGAUGGCACAGAUAUGGCGCUCAGCUUCCAAGAGGCCGAGGGUUGCGCAGUGAUCUGGGAUUUUGUCCAUUCGGUGCAACAACAGUUGCUCAGCGUGGCUGCCGCAGAUGACGCUCUCUCCGAUGAUUUGGACAAUUAUCAGCCGAUCCAGUUGCAGGCUCCGGAGCUGGGCAAUCUGGCCGAUAUUGAGCAAAUCGUGCGCGCCGCCAGCAUGACGCAAGCCGGCCGCGAUGCGCUCUCGAAAUUCGUCAUCCGCGACGAGUACAUUGGUAAACUGGUCCCAUUGGUGACCAUGGCAGAAGACCUCGAGAGCUUGGUCGAUUUGCAUCGGCUGUGCAACAUCAUGAAAUCGCUGAUCUUGCUCAACGACAAUACCAUCAUCGAGACGGUGGUUGCCGACCAAAUUAUCUUGGGCGUCGUCGGUGCUCUGGAAUAUGACCCAGAAUUCCCCACCCACAAAGCAAACCACCGACAAUAUCUCGCCGACCAGUCUCGCUACAAAGAAGUGGUCCCAAUCAAAGAUCCGCUGAUUCGCAGGAAAAUUCGAAGCACUUGGCGAUUGCAGUAUCUCAAAGAUGUCGUUCUUGCGCGCAUUCUCGACGAUCCGACCUUCUCUGUCUUGAAUUCGCUCAUUUUCUUCAACCAGAUGGAGAUUGUGAAUCACAUCCAAUCCAAUGCCCCCUUUCUACGAGAAUUAUUUUCCGUCUUCGAUCCACGAUACAACGAUAACAAGCGCAAGGACGACGCCGUUCAGUUCCUCCACCAAUGCGCCGCAAUUGCGAAAAACCUCCAAGCUCCUUCGAGGGCCCAGCUGUUUGCCAAUUUCAUCAGCCAUGGCUUGUUUGCCGUGAUCGCCUUUGCUGUCAAGCACACAAAGGCUGCCAUGCGUACGACCGGCAUAGACAUCCUUAUGGCGUUGCUCGAUCAUGAUCCCGUGAUGAUGCGUGGAUACAUGCUCAAGGCUGUCAAUGAGAAGAAAACCCCGCUGACCGACACACUGAUCGACCUUCUUCACGCGGAGACGGAUCUGGGCGUCAAGAACCAGCUUGCAGACGCAAUCAAGAUCUUGCUAGAUCCUCAAAUUCCCAUGCCAGAAUCACUCGGUCGGGCUGGCCCCGACUUCUUCAAAUUGCGCUCCUCCAACCUCCUCUCCGAUGCAUUUGUUCAGCAGCACUUUGAUGAUUCCUCCAAGCGCCUCUUCCAGCCACUAAAGCACAUCGCCAAUCGCAUGUCUUUGAAUGAGCUCACCUUUCAAGAGGUCACAUUGUACUCGCAUCUUGUCGAUAUACUCACAUUCUUCGUCCGACAACACUUGUUCCGCACCCGCAACGUAAUUCACAGCGAGUCUCUUGCACCUCGAGUGGCUCAGCUCCUGACCGUCCCGCAAAAACACCUCAAGCUGGUAUCCCUCAAAUUCUUCCGUACCCUGAUCAGCCUUCAAGACACCUUCUACCAAGCUCUCAUGACACAUAACAACACCUUCGGACUUAUUCUCGACAUUGUAUGCGAGACGAUGCCGCGCGACAAUCUUCUCAAUUCUGCUUGCCUCGAACUCUUUGAGUUCAUCAAGCGGGAGAAUAUCAAGCCGUUCAUCUUGCACGUGGUCGAAAAAUACCGGGACAAGCUUGACCAGAUCACCUAUGUCGAUACCUUCCGAAAUCUGAUUCUGCGGUAUGAUCAAAUGCAAGGCAAUGGUGCCGACGCGGAUGCGACACUGUUCAGCCAGGACGAGAAUGCGCCGCAGCGGCUACCGUUAAGUGGCCAGCGUUGGCAAGGUGUGAAAGAGAUGGAUGCUGCUGAAGAAGAAUACUUUAAUGCGUCUGACGACGAGGACGAGUGGACACAAGAAAGCCGCGCUGCAGUCGCAGAGACUGCUGUGGCUAAUGGCUCGGCGUCACCGGUUGUCAAGCCCUUGGUUGAUUAUCCCGACGACGACGAGGAUGAGGACGCCAUGGAUACCAAGCCUGAAGCUGCCGCCGCUGCAGUUGGGUCUAUGGAGACUCCGUUCCCACAGGUGGAAGAAACUGCAGUUCCGCCCUCUCCAGAGGCAAGCUCUGUAUCGGAACCUUCAUCACCUGCGUCACAGAAGCCUUCUGCUCCAGAGCGACUUGCCGAGAAGCGCCGCCGCGAGGAAGAGGACGAGGAUGAGCUCGUGAAACUUGCUGCAGGGCCAAAACGCAGAAGCUCGCUUAGUAGCAACUCUGGAUCCACAGUGAUGAAUCGAAAGAAGACUCUAUCGAUUGGAUCAAUAGGUUCGGUCGAUAAGGCAGGCGCUCAAGGUGUCAUGGGAACAGUGAUGAGUAGCGCGCCACCGAAACGAAUCGCAAUCAACAUCGGGCCCGUCAAGUCUGCAUCACCGGAUAGUGCCCCUUGUGAAGAAGUGGUACCCGAUGCUGGUAGCGAAAAGGAGAACCAGGAUGAACAGAAGAGCGAAACAACGAGUUGA